UCAUCAAUAUUUUCUGCAUCUUAUGUAAUACAUCGAAUCUAUCAGACUUUAAUGUCCCAAGUUAGGAUUCAUGUCGCAGCUAAAACGUGUGGACAAAUGAUUAACAUAUUUACAAACAAUGUACCGUAUUUUCCGCACUAUAAGGCACACCUAAAAGCCUUUAAUUUUCUCAAAAGCCGACGGUGCGCUUUACAAUCCAGUGCGCCUUAUAUAUUGAUCAAUAUUGAGCCUUUUAAUGCAGCUCCAUCUAAUGGAUAGAUAAUGUAACCCCAGCCUCUACUGUAGCGUCUAUUCUAUGCGCCUUAUAAUGUGGUGCGCUUUAUAUAUGAAAAAAGUUUUAAAAUGGACCGUUCAUGGAAGGUGUGCCUUAUAAUGCGCUGCGUCUUAUAGAGCGGAAAAUACGGUAGAUAAAUUUGAAAUGUGUUAUAAACUGAGUUGCAGUAUUCGAUUUUAUAGCCUGUCACCAUGUAAAAAUGAAGACACAGAUCAAACCAUCAAAGUUUUACUAGUUAGGAAUAUAAAAAAAGUCAAAAUCAGCAGUUAACUGCAGUCAUAAGUUUUUAUAGAAAGUAGUGUUAAAAGGGUCAAGGUCAUUUGACAAAAAAUCCUUUGUCCUCGCAUAGCUAUCACUUCAUAAAAGGUAAUUAGACAGUGGGCUUGUUUCCUCUAAGUUUAUCUUCACUAGAAUAUGAUUAAGCAUAUAUCUAGAAUCAGAUUACCAAAGAAAAUGGCCAUGACAUGAAACAUAUCAGAACAGUGUUCAAAUUAAAAACAUCCCUUAUGAGGAAAACGAAAGAUAAAUCCUAGAUGGGCUAGAUCAAGAUUAGAUAAGACACGAAGCUACUUGCAUGUAGUAUUUUACUAACCACUUUGUCACGCUAUUCACGGGAAUCCAUACAUGCACAUUUUGUACGAGUUCCUCGAGUAAAUAAGGGCUUUUUGUUGGAUCCAAUCUUUUUAUGUAGUUGUUCACAUUACAACGAAAAUGUGACUUCUACACUGGUCAAAGUGAAUCAGUGAUUUCACAUGCAUGUGCACAAAACAGGACAUAGAAUUACUCAUGCACAUUAACACGAGGUGCUGUCUUUUCGUGAGUAAAUAUGGUCCUUCCCAUCGGUGUUGUCAUGAGGCAUUUAUGGCAAUUUCAAGGAUUUUGUGCAACUGCAGAGAACAUUUUUAUUAUAUUUAUCACUUCUAAAGCCUUUUUAAUUUUCAGCAUUGACUGUUUUCUGCUCCUUUUUCUGCUGUUGCCUUUGUGGCAUGUCUGUUUUGUUUAACAAUUAUGUUUGAUGGCAUAUAGUUUAAAAAAAAGCACGACUUGAGAGUCCAUAUUGCAUUCGCAUCAGACACAAAUCUCAUUUAUCUGGCAUAUCUCAAGAACUGGUUUGGAUAUGACACUAUAAUUGCAAAAAAAUCUGAUACAUCACACUGGGCAAAAAAAUCUGAAUUGACCUGCUAUAUAAGUAUAACCGUUUGAUUGGCCACUUCUAAACCUUCAUUUUUGUUUUCAUUUUUUUUUCAUGCCAUUCAAAAGUUGACCUGAUGGUGUGUUUUGGAUCAUAGCGCUGCCGAAAAAUCAAACAUCCUCCUUCAGGAUAUUUUGAAAUAGAGGAGAUUUCAAUGAGGUGCCUCAGACCAUCACAUUAUACAACCCUCAAAACAGUAUACGGCCAGAGAAUGUUAUGAAGAUUAGAUGUCAAAAUUUGUUGAUAAGCAAGAGUAUUUAAUCAGAAAUUAAACUGGGAAGGCCAUCACAUCCUUUUUACAUUUAGUUGACUCUCAAUAUUGAUUGGAUCGUAUUGAAACUGACAAGCUAUGUUUGCAUCAGGUAGAAGGAGCUGCCCAAUAAAUCCAAAUUUAGCAUGCAAAACUUGCUAGGGUUGAGGUUAUGUUCACUGAGUGUAUGGCUCCAAUGAGUGAGUCACAAUUUCUCUUCUUUUUUGGAAUUGCAUAAUUCAGACUUUCCCUCAUCUCAAUGUUAACUUGGUUUGAGUAUUCUCAUAACCUCCUUGCUUAACUCUGCCAACAGAAUUGGCUUACUUCCCCUGUUAAAUAUGAAGUUAUCUUUUUCAAUCAAUGGUUAAAACAAAAAUACUAAUUCAGUUGGACAUACUGUGCUGUAUGAUAAAUUAGUCCUCCGCAAGACCUCAGAAGUCAGUGACAUGCCUGGUAGGCCAGCCAUGCACUGUGUGAACCCUCUUUACUGAAAUGCAUAUACAGUAUACUUAAUCCCAUGAUUGUCAGGUUUAUAAUCAGAUAUGUACUGGUCAUGUCACAGCAUUUUGUGUUUUACUUUCAUUUACAUCAGUUAACAACACUUUUUUAAUGUGGUCCUUGUUUGUGCAUAUUAUAUAAUGUGUACUUUAUUGAGGGCAAGCAUAAUUUCUUCAGAGGACACUGUAAUUCAUACUUUAACUGUCAAUAAAGUUUUAAGAGGCCAAAGAGCAUUUUAAAGAAUGACGGUGCAAUCACAUUUUAAAAAAUGAUUAUUUUAUGUGCACGUGCUUUGAACACCGACCCCAUAAAAUUUAACAAUGGUUAAUUUUUUUCCCACGCAAUUCUUUUUCCUACUAUUAUUUGGCAGUUGCCAGCAGGGGAUAAAGAGUAGUGGGCCGGGCUAUUUGGUCACCAUCAUCUUAUUGGAUAGUUUAGAGAACAGGAAAUGAUCCACUUCACUAAAAUCCCGGAACUAUGGGCUAUCGAGGACACGCAUUCAGUUGUCUCUCAAAGUUGACUGGGCACAGAUAAUUAUCUUCUGCCGUCAAAUUUCCAAUAUGUCUACCGUCAUGGGAACAACUGCUGAACCUCCUGCUGUCUGCCUCUCAGAAUCCACCAUCUGCUCUGGUGCUAACUGCCUUGUUCCAACCAGUGACUUUAAUGCAUUGCUGGGUCUAGUAUUGAGCACUGUGCUCACUAUCAUGCUCGCUAUGGUCAUGUUUUCCAUGGGUUGCACUGUGGAUGCCCAAAAACUUUGGGGACACGUGAAGAGACCAUGGGGCAUCAUUAUUGGUUUUCUCUGCCAAUUUGGCAUUAUGCCUUUUACCGCCUUUGCCUUGUCAAUUGCUUUCAAUGUGUUACCUGUUCAGGCCAUUGUCAUAAUUAUCAUGGGUUGCUGUCCUGGAGGCUCCGGUUCCAAUAUUAUUUGCUACUGGCUAGAUGGAGACAUGGACCUAAGUAUCAGUAUGACAGCCUGCUCCUCCAUUGUGGCUUUGGGAAUGAUGCCACUAUGUCUUAUCAUAUACACCUCUAUCUGGACUUCUACAGACACCAUCCAAAUCCCAUACGACAGUAUUGGUAUCACGCUUGUGGCACUCCUUGUCCCAAUUGGUGUUGGAAUGUAUGUUAAACGUAAAUGGCCCCACUUGGCUAAAAAGAUCCUCAAGGUUGGGUCCAUUACUGGCUUUGGUCUCAUUAUCAUCAUUGCUGUGGUUGGUGGAAUUCUUUACCAGUCUUCCUGGACCAUUGCCCCUUCCCUUUGGAUAAUCGGAACUAUCUACCCCUUUAUUGGUUUUGGCCUGGGUUUCCUUCUAGCCCGCUGUGUGGGUCAACCAUGGUACAGGUGUCGAACAAUUGCUUUAGAAACUGGUUUUCAGAACUCUCAGUUGUGUAGCACCAUUGUCCAGCUCUCCUUCAGUCCCGCUGAACUGGAGGUCAUGUUUGCAUUCCCCCUUAUCUACAGCAUCUUUCAACUGGUGGUGGCUGUUCUCUUUGUAGGAGGAUACCAAGUGUAUAAAAAGUCAUGUGGCCUGGGAUCAGUUGAAACAGACAGUGACUCUCCCUCAUUAGAAGAUGGCUAUGCAGAACGACCAAAAGAGAAGCGCUAUUAUGUGGAAAACACCGCUAUUGAGUUGAAUGAGGAUUGUGUUGAUAAAGCCAAGGCUGAUCAUUUUGACAAGAACACCCAGCUCUGAGAUUAUGCCUCUGAUGACUUUGUAUUUAACAAAAUGUUCUCCAGAAGCAGGGGAACACUGCUGAAAAACACACCACACUGCAGACAAGGGACAAUUUAAGUCUACAGUAUUUGAAAUUUUGAGGGAACCUCUUAUUAGCAGGUGGCCCAAAUGAAUGGUGAAUGUUAGUGUUUUUGUCAAGGUACAUUUUUCAUUCUCAGAAAAAAUGUCGCGGUGAUGUGAUCAGUGUAUGCUAAUUAUAAAGACUGAUCUCAGCUGCAAGCACACAGUAGUAAUAAGUCACAAAUGUGGCGAAGGCCAAAAUAUAGCAUAUACAGUAUAUAUACUAAAACUCAGCGAAAUGAGUAAAAUCAGUUUGCACAUAUAGUUAAAUAAACCUGUGUC